GUGUGCCCUCUUUCUCCCUGACCUUGCAGAAAAAUGGCAGUCGACUACUUUAUGCAUGAGAAGAUCUGGUUUGAGAAAUACAAGUAUGAUGAUGCUGAGAGAAGAUACUACGAGCAGAUGAACGGGCCAGUUAGCAGCUCUUCGCACCAGCAGGAGAACGGAGCCAGCACGAUCCUACGCGACAUUGCCAGAGCCAGGGAGAAUAUCCAGAAAUCGCUGGCCGGAAGUGCAAGCACAACCUCUUCUGGGCCUGGCGGUGACCAAAAUGAACUCCUUUCCAGAAUUUCUCACCUGGAGGUAGAAAAUCAAAACCUUCGCAGUGUUGUUGCAGACCUUCAGAUGGCCAUCUUCAAGUUGGAAAGCCGCCUGAAUGCUCUGGAGAAGUCAUCUACCUCCCACCAGCCCUCACCGGUUCCUCCAACCCAGAAAGUGGAACCGUUCAGCGUUCCCUCCAAGAAGGUGGAGCUCCCAUCUGCUUCACCGGCAAAGAAAGCUGAGCCAGCUGCUGCAGAGGAAGAUGACGAUGAUGACAUCGACCUUUUUGGUAGUGACGAUGAAGAAGAAGACCAAGAAGCUGCCAAAGUCCGGGAGGAGAGACUGCGACAGUACGCGGAGAAGAAGGCCAAGAAACCGGGUCUUAUUGCCAAGUCUUCUAUCCUCCUGGACGUGAAGCCAUGGGACGAUGAGACCGACAUGGCGAAGAUGGAGGAGUGCGUCCGGUCCAUCCACAUGGACGGGUUGGUGUGGGGAGCCUCCAAACUGGUCCCAGUAGGCUACGGCAUUAAGAAACUCCAAAUCCAGUGCGUCGUGGAGGAUGACAAAGUUGGGACAGACAUCCUGGAGGAGGAGAUCACCAAGUUUGAAGACUACGUGCAGAGCGUUGACAUUGCUGCUUUCAACAAGAUCUAGAACCUAAAACUGUAUCCGCUCUGAAACUGUAACGAAUAAAGAUCAAGAUUGGGAGCGC